AUGUUGUAACAAUAGGAAAGUUCAGGUUUUAAUCCACUUUCUAGAGAAUAUUAAUUAGAAUGCACAGUUAAAUAACUUAUGCAAGAAAGGAAUGAAAUGCAUAAUUCAUUAUUAUAAACUAGAUAAUAAUUGGAUAAUGCAAUAAAAUUAAAAAAUUCCUAAGCAGAAGAAAUAAUUAAAUUGCAAAAGAAAAUCGAUACAAUAGAACUGUAAUUAUAACAUAAGAAACUCUAGGAAUAAGAUUUCAUUUGAUAGUAAUACUAAAGGAGAUUCAGUAGAGAUACAAAAAAAACCACCUCAGAGACUUAAGGAUGGAGUUUCGACUAAAUUAUUAAAGAUGAUAAUGUAAGGGACACUACAAGAUUAGAAACAGUUUUAGGAUAUUCUGGCUUAGAAACAAUCUAAAUAGGAGCCUAUGUAGGAAAAACAAAUUUAAUAAUAGAUGAGUUUUAGGUAAAUAUUAAAAGUUAUAUUGUAGAAAAUAUAUCUCUUAAACAGCAAGUAAUAAAGAAAUUAAUAGGAGUUUGAUGAUCUCAGUCCAGUCAUUAGUACACGCACCAUAAUUUUAAAAGAAAUUGGAGAAUGCUAAAGAUAAAAUACAGAGAUAUUCUAAUAACAUCAAUCAUAAUUAGAAUAGAUAAGCAUAGCAUUAGACGUAAUAGUUAAAAUAAAUAUUAGGAAUUUCACUAAUAAUUUGUCGAUGACAUUGGAACGACCCCCUUUAGAAGAAUUCUAAGAAAGUUACUAUCCUGACUGA